AAAGUUGUUGGCGGUCAUUAAAUUUGCACCCAAUCUACAUACAACACCAAAUCUCCCACAUUUGGAGACGAGUGUUCAUUCCCCUUUCCUGUAAUACCUGCUUGUAUGGAAAAAGAAAAAGAAAAAACCAAAUAUCCUGAAUUAAAUUCUCAUUCAAAAUGGAAUCUCCUAGAAUUUAUUAGGUUGCCCUUUGCUACUCUAUAUAUAUGAUAGGCUUGUCUGUUAAGAAAACCAACAAAAGCAUCAUCUUCUUCCUCUAGUUUGCAAUUUUCAUUUCAUUUUUUGUUGUCUCAGAGAGAGUCAUGUCUAGAAAGAAGGUGAAACUGACUUAUAUCAGUAAUGACUCAGCUAGAAAAGCAACAUUCAAGAAAAGGAAGAAGGGUCUCAUGAAGAAGGUGAGCGAACUCAGCACCCUUUGUGAUGUUGAGGCAUGUGCUAUUAUUUAUAGCCCAUAUGAUACUCAACCUGAGAUUUGGCCAUCCCCUCUGGGAGUGCAACGCGUUCUUGCAAAAUUCAAGACCAUGCCGGAGAUGGAGCAGAGCAAAAAGAUGGUGAAUCAAGAGAGUUUUUUGCGGCAAAGGAUUGAGAAAGCCAAGGAGCAGCUCAAGAAACAAAGGAAGGACAACAGGGAGAAGGAGAUGACACGAGUGAUGUUCCAGAGUCUCACUGGGAAGCCCCUCCAGGGUUUGAGCAUGAUCGAUCUCAACGACCUCGGGUGGCUCAUCGACCAGAACCUCAAGGAGAUUUACAACAAGAUUAAGAAUCUGAAUGAGGAGGCUGAGAAGAAACAAGUCCAACUGGAACCAACAGGAUUGCCAGCGCAUGCAGCAGCAGCAGAUCAAGGAAUAAUGGAGAGGCAACCAUGGUUCACAGACAUGAUGAACCCUCAAGAACAGCACAUGGGGCUUGGUGCUGGGGAAGAGAUGAUGCUGCCAUUUGGAGAUCAAAACCACAUUAAUGCCAUUUGGUCUAAUAAUGCCUUUUUCCCUUGAAAUAUUUUACUAUUUAGCGUUUGUUUUCUAGGCUAAGUGAUUUCUUUGAUAAUUUUAGCCUCUUCUUCAAAGGAAGGCUGUGUUCACAUUUAGUUUCUUUAUGAAUUUUAUGUACUAAAAGUAAGCUACAAUAUAUAUGUAGUGGUUGGUUGGUGUGUUAAUAAUCUUGUCACUGUUUAAUUCCAAUAUAUAUUGAAGUAUUUACUUGAUUUAUUGUAA